AAGCCUAAGCAAGUCCGGAAUAAUAUUAAUGUUGCACUUUCCAAUUUAGUUUCUUCUGGUGGUGAGGGAAGCAGCCACGUCACUCACAUACACGUUCUGUCUUCCUUCUAAACUCCUCAACUCGCGUCUGUCAUUACAACUACUUUCUGAUCAAAUGCAAGUACAGAAGUUCAUUCACUUUUGAAAACAAAAUUUCUCAACAAAAAAAAAUAAAAAAUGAGAAGAAUAUGGAAUCUUCUCUCCAAAUCCAAACAACUCGCGGCGUUUUCAAGCCCAGCCUCCAAGUUCCGCGUCACUGUGUUUCGCUCUUAUUGCGAUCAAUCGUAUCGGCAGAACCGUCCAGGGCCGCUUGUUCAGUACAAAAGUCUAGUUGAUCAAGGGAAGUUGCAGUAUGAUCCUUACCAAGAGAGUGUUGCUUCAGAGCUUGAGAGUUUGCUUGCCAGGUUGGAGCAGUAUGAGAGAGAUAUGGAGGAGUAUCAUGUGAAUCUAGCUAAUUGGAAGAAGCAGCGGGAGAAUGAGCGGCGGAGACUUCUUAUGGAGGAAGUUGAGCUGCACCAGAAGGAUGAGGACUGGUGGAAGCGGUUGAACAAUAAGCUUACUGAAAGAUGGACAUCCCGGAAAAGACCUGAGAAUAUGGAGCCAGGGGUGGGAAAAUGGGUAUCGUAUCUUAAACGUGAGAAGAAGUUGGAUUCACUUGUUGGUCGUCGUCCAACUGCUCCCCCAGCUCCUAAAGGACUUUACAUAUAUGGCAAUGUUGGCAGCGGAAAGACAAUGUUGAUGGACAUGUUCUAUAGUUCUACUAAAGGAAUUGUAAAACAUCGAAGAAGGUAUCACUUUCAUGAGGCCAUGCUCAGAAUUAAUGAACAUAUGCACAAGAUAUGGAAGAGCCAAAUUGAAGAGAAGCCUUUGCAAUCGGCUGUUGCUGGUUGGAUUAUGAGUCUUCCAUUUGACAUUAAAGCUAAGGAGUGGUUGGCUGCUGAGGAAAGAUACAAGCAAGAGAUGCAAAUAAAGAACAUUCUUCCAGCUGUAGCAGAUAAGUUUUUCCUGGAUGGAGAAGAAAAUGAGAAAGGAGCUAGCAUUUUGUGCUUUGAUGAGAUACAGGUAAAGGAAAAUACAUACAUUUUGUUAUAAUGAAUUGUGAAUUCCUCAUAUUUGUAUCCUAAAUUAUUGUUACCUUGCCACUAUCCAUCAAACCUUGAUUUGAUCACU